AAAUUAAAUGCUGAAUCGAACAGAUAAAAGUUCUUAAUUUAGACGAACAAAUUAAAGUAUUGAAGGUGCUUCAAGAAAGGAAAUAAUUUCAGAUUAAAAAUCUAGAAAGGAAUUAGGUGUUCCUUAAGAAGAAGAGAGAAAAAUGUUAGGUUCAAAAGAGAGUGAAAAGCGAUCUCAAAUAAAGAUUGGAAGUCAUCAAUAAUCAAGAAAGACUUUAAGGGGAUAAGAUGAAGAAGAAAAAGGAGCAAAAGUCAUAGGAGAAGGGAGAUUGGAUGAAUAUGGUGAAGAGGAAGAAGACAUUGUUUGUUUAAGGUUUCCUCAUCUUUCAUUUUGCCCUUAUAACUAUUAAUCACAAUUAAAAGAAACGUUAUUCAUAGAGAUCUAACCUGGUAUUUAUCUCUGUGGAUUUGCCAUGGGUUUAUGGACUAAAUAUCUAUUAUAAAAAGCAGUUACUAAUGUAUUGAAUUUAACUUCAAUGGAGUAUACCAAAAGAACCAAAUAUUUUAAAUAUCUAAAUAUUGAUGUUCAUAACACAUCAGAUGAAGAUAUAAAAAAACAUUUUAGAAUUAGUAAUAGAUUCAUAAGAGAAGUAACAUAUAUCAAUAAUUAUUAUUUAGACAUUACUACAAAAAGGAAAAGUGCUCAUACAUUGUAGAGAUGGACUUAAUAUUGGUCCAUGUUUCAUCUUAGCUUAUUUGAUAAAUGAAAUUAAAAUGCCUUUGAAAUUAGGAAUUGAGUUAUUAUAGACAUUGAUUCCAUAAUUAGAUAUUGCUGUUCAUUUCUAUAAAUAAUUAGAACAAUAUGACUUAGAGAAGUUAGCUCUAUUAUAAAUAAAAACUAAGGAUUCAUGAUUUUGAAUUGAUUCACAAA